AUGGAAGAGCGCAUGGCCUUGCAUGAGCUCGAUCUCGCAGAUAACGAGGCAAAACUUGUGACAUGCCGUCGUGACUUUGCCUGUGUAAACAUGCAUCAUACCGUCUACCGUGCGAAACUUUGCCACCAUGGGUAUAACUUCCAGACAGGAACCACUCCACUUGGUGAUAGAGAGACGUUCCCGAUCGAAGAAUUAGUGAGAACAUUGGGUGAUUUGGCAUACGCGAAAAGGGGUCAUCUCUACAGUCUGCACAAUCUCGGCAGAAUCAACAAGGACAUCAGUUGGGACAUCAUGAAGCUUCGGGAGAUGAUUCUCGAUUACAAGGGAAUGAUCGAGGAGGCUGAAAAGGAGCGGAGGAACAACGAGGAAGCCGCCGCCGAGGAAAGCUCUCCUUCCGAACAAUGA